AUGGUGCCAUUCAAUCUAAUUCCAGCAUCAAAAAACUUUUACCUGCUGGUCAAUGAAAAGUUGUACUUGCUGACAAACCUUCAACGUCUAAUCCAAGUAACCGACACCCCAUUAUUCAAAACACCGUUUCGCCUUCGAUAUACUGUAGUUGGCAUACAUGGCAAAAGAGACGAAUACAAUUUUACCAGUCGAUUUGAUCCAAGCAAAGACUUGCUUUAUGCCACAAAGAAUGGCUCGUGCUUGGUUGGAAAGCCGGAUGAUGAAGUGACAUCCAUGACAAAGUGUACUGAACGUGAUUUAAAGCUGAAAAGGUAUCAGGGAGAGUAUCAGACGGACUAUUAUAGCUUGGUAUGAGUUUUUUGAAAUUUUUAAAAAUUUAAAAAUUUGAAAAAAUUUAAAUUUGAAAAUUUUUAAAAAUAUACUUUAAUUUGGAUAUUAAAUUCAAAUUUUAACAUUUUAGGAACAUUUGAUCGCCAUCAGCAACGAAGAAACCAACCUUACAAAGCAGUUCACCCAAAAUACCUACGUCAUGUUUGUGGACUCUCACACACAUUUAAAGUAAGUUUUUUACUUCUACCCUACCCUACCGUACCCUUACCUACCCUACCCUACCCUACCCUACCCUACCCUACCCUACCCUACCCUACCCUACCCUACCCUACCCUACCCUACCUUACCCUACCUUACCCUACUUUACCCUACCCUACCCUAUAUACCCUGCCCUGCCCAGUACACUGAGCUAGCCUUAGUCUAGCCUUAUCCUAACGUAGGCUAGCCUUGGUAUAGCUCUACCGUAAUACCUUACCUUUCUUUACCCUACCGUUCUUUCUUACUUUGCUCUGCCUUAGCUUAUUCUACCGUACUUUGCUCUGUUCUGCUUUACCCUACCUUACCUUGUCCUACUCUAUUAUCCCCCGUACCCUUAGCUAGGUUUAGUCUAGCUUUAUCCUAAGCUAGGUUAGUCUUGCUCUAUCAUAGCUUACUCUACCCUAACUUGCUAUAUCCUACCUUGCUUCACCAUAUCUUACUUUAUCUUACUUUGUACUGCACUAUUUUGCUCUACCCUACCUUUUCCUACCUUAUCUUAUCCUACUCUACCAUACUCUGCUUUGAUUUACCUAAUUUCACCCUACUUUAGACGCUGACCAGCCCUACCCUAGCUCUACUCUCUCUUAUCCUACCUUAACCUAUACUAUUUUUUAACCUUAAUCCUACCGAAUCUACGCUUACCCCAUUUUCAAAAUUUUAAAAUAUUUUUGUUUCAGAAAGCUUCUCUUAAUCUUCUUUGGUGCCGCCAUUAUCGUGCUGGUGACUGUUGUUCUCGUAGCGGUACUGUUCUAUAUAUCUUACAAGGACCACAAAAAUGUUUUACACAAAAAGUCACCAAGAUCGCCGAAGGAAAAAAGAAGAAAAGAAACAGAAUUACAUUGA